GUACGUGGGCUGAUUUCUGAGGAAAGACGAUGUCUUCUAGUGCUUGGAGGAAGCGUCGUGCACUCAAGACUAGAGCCGCAUUUGCGCGAUCCAAACGGAGGAUUGUCGUUGAGGCAGCAGAAGAGAGACCACCCGCAGAAGACUCUGACAACAUACGUGAAGAUUCACCCACUCUUCUCGUACAAUCUGAGGAGGCGCUGUCUGAAGUCUCUCUAGCUUUUCGUUCCGCUUCCCCACCUAUGGAAGAGCCGUCCGAACCGCCUACGCCGUUGGAGGAACCUGUCGAACCUCCCACGUCCGAAGACAAACAACUCCACCAGAACUUGGAUGACUGGGCUGUAUCGUUGGAGCGUUACGACAAGAUCAUGCUUUCACUGUGGUUAGUUGAGUGUUUUCGGAGAGAAUUCAGCCAAGGGGUAAUGUCAGCAAUGAAGAAAGUGGCGGAUCUUAUUCACGUGGGAGAGAGGACUGUGGGAAGAUGGAGAUCAGACUUCAUGACUAACCAUGGACAGCUUUCUGAAGACAGCAGGGGCAAGUACGAGCGUGUCUCGAUCCUGAACGACGAAGAGUUCAGGAAAAACGCGACUUCAUGGGCAAGAGCUAACGCGUGUGUAAAGGGUAAGCCCAACAUGACAGUUGCCGACUUCUGUCAAUAUGUAAACGAGCAGCUGUUACCCAGUCUUACAUUGUCUCCAGGAUUUCCUAGAAAGAUUUCAUUAGAAACAGCUAGAAAGGUACUUUACGACUUAGGCUUCGAACGGGUUGAUAGUGGAAAGAAGGGUGUGUACAUCGAUGGACACGAGAGAGAUGAUGUUGUCCUUGCAAGACAAGCAUUCUUAGAGAAACUAAAGAAAUUAGAGUCUGAGCACCUACCUCCUCCUGAUGCAAGUGAUGUGUCACCAGGUGAACAACUUGUUAAGCUAGGAAAUCCAGCUGCUUCGAAACACCUUGUAGUUAUAUGCCACGAUGAGUCUACUUUUCAAUCAAACGAUGACCAGACCUCUGCUUGGCUACAAGAAGACCAACAGGUGAUAAGACCCAAAUCACGAUGCUCUGGUCAAAUGGUUAGUGAUUUUGUGGAUGAAUAUUGUGGCUUUCUUAGACUCACUGACCUUGAAUUUCAAACAGCCAAACAGUCACAACCUACCAUUAAACAGGAAGCUAGGGUUAUUUUAGAAUACGGGGAGAGGCGGGAUGGCUAUUGGACGAAUGACAAAUUUUUUGAACAAGUUAAGAGUGCGGUAGCUAUUGCAAACAUAAAGUACCCACAGGAAAAGUAUUCAAUUCUGUGGUUGUUUGACCAAAGCUCAAAUCACACAACUAAAUCUAGUGAUGCUUUGGUCGCCAACAGAAUGAAUGUCAACCCAGGAGGUGGGCAACCUAAAAUGCACGACACUGUAUAUGAAGAUGACAACCGGUUCGUGGGUCAGAGGUUAGUAAUGGAUGAUGGAACUCCUAAAGGGCUUAAGUUGGCAUUAGAGGAAAGGGGAUUUGAUACUAGGGGAAAGACCAGAAAAGAUUUGAUAAUGAAACUAGAAACAUACUCCGAUUUUUCUAAUGAACUGUCUAUUGUAGAACAUUACAUGAAAGAGCAUGGCCACCACUGCAUGUUUCUACCCAAAUUCCAUUGUGAAUUGAAUCCUAUAGAACGAGUGUGGGGGCAGGCAAAGCGUUAUACUAGAGCAUACUGUAAUUAUUCUAUAGUUGGGCUGAGAAAAACUCUGACACCAGCAUUAGAUUCUGUAAGUGUUGACAUGAUUAGAAAGUAUUUUAGAAAAGCAAGACAUUACAUUAGGGCAUACAGAGAUGGCAAAGUAGCAGGACAUGAACUCGAGGAAGCCGUCAAGCAAUACAGGUCUCACAGAAGAGUCAAGAGGAACAAGUAACCUUGAUGUUAUUUUAUACAUAUGGUUGUUUUGUUUGGUUAUAUUUAUAAAAAGUUGUAGAUUUGUUGGACAGUUUAUGUUUGUAGUACAACAUAUAUCCAUUGAGCUUUUGAAACAUUAUUAUGUCUGCUUGUUUACGAAACUUUAGUGGUGUGGAUUUCGAGUACAGAACGGUAAUAGCCAAAUUUGUCUUAACAGAUUUGUAGCACAGUGUUCGGUGUACGUCUACAAGAAAGCUGGAGGCAUGUGAUCGUUGUCACGUGGAAGUAUGGCGUUUCAAGCACAACCCCUUUUGGGACCCUUCUUCCAACAUUCCACAGAAACAAAGUGAAAUAUACAGAUUUUGUCUAACAGAAAUCUUCACGUUGCCGUAAUGUAUCCUCAGAGGAGAAACCGAGGCUGUACGUACCAAACUCGAGACGGAAUGGCGAUAAACUCGCGUACAAGUUCGUUGAGUCAAUCCGUUUGACGAACUAAAGGUAGUUUAACUAAUCUCCGUGCGUGGCAGCUGCUCAACUAUUAGCAAAGA